GCCUUUGACAUCAUCUUAUACGGGCCAAACCUUAGGGGUGGCCCAAUCUUCACGAUUGGAGGUGGAUUCACUGAUGAACACGAAGAACAAGAAGAAAACAAAGGGGAAAUCAAAAGGAAAACACACACAGGACAAGAUUCACCACCAAGUACUCACUCAGCACAAAGUCAAUACAAGAGUAUGCAGUCUGAUAUUUCAAGACUGGAAGCCAAGAUCGAAAGGAUGGAUGCCCAAUUGGCAGCAAAAGAUCGAGAGUUGGCCACUUUGACCCGAACGGAGGCCAAAAACACCGCAGCUCUGAAAGCUCAUAUUGAGAAGCUGCAGCAGGAACGUGACGAAUUUCAAAAAAUGGUUAUUGGAAAUCAGCAAGUACGCACCCAACAAAUUCAUGAAACGAAGAAGAAAGAGAAGGAAUACAUCAAAUUGCAGGAGAAGCUAAACCAAGUAUUGAUGGAGAAGAAAAAGGAAUCAUCACGUUCAGGAAUGGAAAUAAUGAACUUGUUGCAGAAAGAGGGACGACAGCGUGGAACAUGGACUGGAAAAAAGAAUGACAAUGACUACUACAAAAUGAUUGUUGAUGCAUAUGAAGUGAAGAAACAAGAACUAGUCCAGGAGAAUGCUGAUUUGCGGGCACUGUUACGUUCGAUGCAGAUGGAUAUGCGUGAGUUCCUUAAUGCUCCAACUGGAUCAUCACAGCCUGCUGUUGCUGGUAAUGGAAGACAGGAGGCAGGGUCUCCCCAGUCCCCACUUGGGGGCAAGACGGAUGUCUUUGACUUGCCCUUUCACAUGGCCAGAGACCAGAUAGAGGAGAGUUUGCGCACUAAAAUGGCUUCAGUAAAGGCACGAAUGACGCAACUUCAAGAUGCUCAAAAAGGUGCUGAAGUGACCUCGGAAGUUACCGAGCGUGAACUUGAGCUUGAAGCUCAGUUAGUUGAAGCCAGAAGCAUCAUCCAAGAGCAGGCGUCCAUCAUGUCUAAGCACUUCUCCAAGUCUGAUAAACCAAGCAGGAGGUUAAGUGGCCUGGAUGCCGAGCGUGAGGCGAUUCUUUCUGCUUCUACAGAUGUGUAAAGAUAUAUUCAUGGUGAAUUUCUGUUCUGGAAGGCUGCAAGGCACAUCAUUUUGGUCUGUGAUGGAGGUCUCUUGUGUUGUAACUGCUGUAGUAUAACUGAUAAACCUCUUCCUGCCAUGGUAGCACUAGUGCUGCGGCAGCCUAUGUAGCAUGAUGUGCAGGAGCAUCUCUCCUGCCGUUGCUAACUGAUAAUCCCGUAGGUAUGGCUGCCGCUACUGGUAUUCCUCUGAUGGAGCGGAGUCUUAUGCAGCCUGCUGUCUUCGGAAUGUAAUUGUGCCUCGUUUUAGUUCAAUGAUGUGGUUCAUCUUGUGGCAA